UUGGCGAGUGAAGAAGAAGGAAGUACAAGUAAAAGAGAAUCCAUUCGAUUUCCAUCGCAUUCAUUGGGUUUUGAGGAUUGUAGCGAAGCGAAGCGAUGUGGGUUGCGGUUAUCUGUGGUCUCGUUGUCUACCAAUUGUUCAGACGCUUCUUCUACGACGAUGACAUUUUAGAUAUUGAAGGAUCUGAUUCUUCUGCUCUUUUCACCGUCGCAGAUAGGCUUCAAAAGAUUUAUGGAGGAAAUGUGUAUGUGGGUCUUCGAAUUCCCGAUGCUGAUUCUGGUUCUCGACAGAGCAUUGAUAUGGUUCUUGUCACUGAAGAAGAGCUAGUGGUUAUAUCUGUGAAGAACUUCUCAGGAAUUUUAACAGUUAGUGGCGACGGUAGUUGGGUCUGUGAAAAGCCAGACAGACAUAAAAGAGAGCGUCACCCUGAUCCUGUGGCAGAAGCAAGAAAGCAAGCUUCUAUCCUUGAAUCAUAUCUUCAACAAAGAGGAGUUAUUCUACCUGAAGGAUACAUAUCUUGUAAAGUUAUACUUCCAAAUCCUAAAUUAUGCACCAUUCCUGCUGGUGGUUUUCCAUCUGAAGUUAUUACCCAUGAAGAAUGGGUGAAACUGAAGCCAGGAACAAAGAGUACGCUUUCUAGUUGGGUAAAGAGUGCCUUUCGUGGCGGAAAGAAGGAUAUGCAAGAAUCUAUUCAUCAGAAUCUUGAUUUUGUUCUGAGCACAGCUCCAAGAUGGGAUAGGUUGGAACUGAAAGGCAACAAAUACGUAUUGGGGGAGUUCCUGGAAUUUAAGGGCAAGGAAGAAGAUAUUCAGGCUUUAAGAAAUAUUAGAAGAUCAAAAGUCGGUCAUAUGAUAAUCCAAAAGACAAGCAUGUUUGGACUAGCUCCUUCUAGGCUUCAAGUUUUAUACGCCUUGCGUGACUACAGAACUGAAGGGGCAUCAGCUCCAGAGUGUAAGGAAGUAACUGUAAGAUCAAGUACUGAGAUAAUCUUUCAGCCCGACAAUGCUUCUAAAGUCCGAAAGUUUAAGCUCUCUUCAGUGGCCUCCAUGUCUCUUAGCGCAUGAAGUUGCCCAAACUAAAGAAAGGUAUUUUAGGGCUGCCUUUUGCAGAUCCCAUCCAUCACUCGACUUUUUGGUAUCUUCAAGGAUGUAUUUUAUUCUUUAAGCUGCAUGAAUGGGAUAUAUAUAUAUAUACAUUACUAGCCUUACAAAAUAUCAAAACAGUCAAAUGUCUGCUUCCUCGACAUAAAGUCACUACUGCGUGCUUGUAUUAUGUAUAUAUAUCAAGAUAAUUAACAGCUUUAUUUACAUGU